CAUGUAUUUGAAUAGAUUUACCGUUAAAUUUUUAUCUUCGUUUAUUAUGAAAGGUCGUCCAUUUUGAAUAGUUUGUAGUCCUAAUUUUUUACCGUUAUGUAACUGUUUAUAAAAACUGUAAUAGAGAGAACAUGAUUGGAGUUACGAGUUCAGAUCAUCUCUUGAAACACUUUUUGGUGGUAGUUUUGUGCUCAUUUUCGUUUUAUUCAGGGGUAAACUCGUUAAGCUGUAGUGACAAGAAUUCCGAUGAUAACUACCGCUGUGAUAAGAUCAUCCCUGGAGGAAGAAGAUGUUACUUGUUAACAAAAAUUCUAUUUGGUUGCCCAAAUGGUCACAUACUGUGCCAUGUUAACCAUGUUUUGUUUACCAUAUCGAUCAAUAUGUACACCACAGUGCUGCGACGGCUGGAAAGAGGACUCAAAUCAUCGCUGUACAGUGAGUUUACGUUCCUUGCCCGACGUGCACUUGGGAGUUGA